AUGGAGCUGGGAUCCACAGCGGGACCCGUGGGACCAGGCACUGACACCACCAGCCAUGCCUCCAGGUCCCACGGCCCAGCCAGGCUCUGCCUCCUGCUCCUGCUGACUGCCUGUGUGCCCGUGGCCAGCACCAACCCCGGCAUCACGGCCCGGCUCACGCCGAGGGCGCUGGAGCUCGGCCGGCAGUUUGGGCUGGAGCUGCUCCAGUCGCUGCUGCAGAAGGAGCACAAGCUGAACCUGACCGGCUCCUACCACAGCCCUCUGCUGGGGACACUCACCUACACCGUGCCCCGGAUCUACAUCUACGAGCUGCAGCUGAAUGACUCCUCCGUGGACUUUGCCAAGGACGUGGGGCUGAGGCUGAGGCUGCGACGAGCCAGCUUUGGGCUCAGCGCCGAGUGGGGAGCGCAGCUGGGCACCAUCCAGGACACGGGCUCCCUGCAGCUCCGUGUGCGUGACGUGGCCGUGGUGGCGGUGCUGGGGCUGGGGGAGGACGGCAGCGGCCGCCCCACGCUCUGGAGCGACGGCUGUGACGUCCGUGGCACCCGCCUGCACCUCGAGUUCCACCGCGGACACAGUUGGUUCUACAACCUGCUGGCACCGCUGCUCCAGGGAGUCCUGCGGCGGGAGCUCAACAAGCAGAUCUGCCUCCAGAUCCACAGAGGUGUCCAGAAGCUGGAGGCUGCCCUGCAGCAAAUGAAAGUGACCACCCAACUGGAUGCCUUCGUGGCCAUCGACCUGUCCCUGCUGGGGCCACCAGCCAUCACAGCCGAGCACGGGGACAUCGCCCUCAAGGGGGAGUUCUUCAGGGUGGGCAACUGGCAGCAGAAACCCUUCUCAGUGCUGCCCAUGGCACUGCCCGUGGCACUGCCCACAGCAGUGCCCACAGCAGUGCCCACAGCAGUGCCCACAACACUUCCCCUGGCACACGAGCCCCUGGCACACGAGCCCAUGCUGCUGCUGGCCCUCAGCGAGUUCGUCGCCAACUCAGCUGCCUUCGCGUACUUCACGGCCGGGGUCCUGCGCAGGAACAUCUCCAGUGACUCGCUCCCGCGGCGGUUCCCGCUCCAGCUGAGGACCAAGAGCAUCGGGCUCUUCUCCCCACAGCUGCAGGAGCUCUACCCAGACCAGCCCAUGGAGCUGCAGCUCUGGGCCCGUCGGCAGCCGCUGUUCUCCUGCCGCCCUGACGCGCUGCACGGGACCCUCUACGGCUCUGCUGAGGCCUCCGUGGUGCUGUCCAAUGGCAGCCGUGCCCCGGCCUUCCUGCUGCACAUCGAUGCCAACGUGACGGGGAAGCCGAUCAUCACUGGGAACCGACUCGGGAGCACCGUGAGCCUGAGGGGGCUCAGUGUGGAACAGGUGACAUCGAAUGUGGGCCCAGUGGAGGUGAAGAGGCUGGAGACCCUGCUGAAAUUCGGGCUGUGGCUUUUUGGGGUUCCUUGGGCAAACAAGCGGCUCCAGGCCGGCGUCCCGCUGCCCACCCCGCACGGGCUCAGCCUGCGCAACCCCCGGCUCUCGCUGCAGGAGGGCUUCCUGCUCAUCGCCACAGACCUGCAGUACGAGCCCUGAGACCAGUCUGUGCGUGGGAAGCAGAGCCGAUGCCACCGUGGGCACCCCCCGCGCGACCCCCCGACCCCCU